AAUGAAAUGUUCCUCGAAUCGAAAAUUUUGCAUUAAUUUCCCACUGAUUUUUAGUGUCUCCGUAGUCCGUACCUCACUUGUAGGCGAAGAAAAAGCGAUCCAAGAAAAAAGAAAAGAUGCAUCAAGGUAGUAGUACGGGGAAAUCAACUUUAAGUAGUGGAAUUCAACUUCGCUCCUCUUUACAAAGUUGUUAAGCAAGCUCAUCAACAAAUCUGAAUCAUCUGUUUCUUUCUUAUAUAUGUACCACCAUCUGAAAUUUAUCAUGAAGACGACGAAGCGGGCGAUGAUGACAAACUCAUCAACAAGAUUGGACCGGCGGCCUUCGUUAUCGAAGAUUUCAUAUACCAUCUUCACCGUUGUUUUCCUUUUCUUGUUCGUUUGUGUUUGGUUGUCAAUCACAGAAGUUCAGUUCGAGGUUUUGAAGAAGCUCUCUGUCCCCAUGUAUUCAUUUACAUCUUCUAAUACUUCACUAAUCGAAGAAAAUUCUACUCAGAUAACACCUCCCGACAUGCGAAUACUUCUCGGAGUCUCAACGUUACCGAACAGUUACAACCGUCGCCAUUUUCUUCGACUUGUUUAUGGUAUUCAAUCCCCAAAAGGAGCUCGAGUCGAUUUAAAGUUUAUCUUUUGCCACUUAACAAACGACGAUCAAAGAGUUCUUAUUGCGCUUGAGAUUAUGAGGUACGACGAUAUUAUUAUACUCAACUGUGAAGAGAAUAUGAACAGAGGUAAAACAUACACUUAUUUUUCGAGCUUACCGGAGAUGUUCAACAAUACGGAGGAACAAAAUGGCAAAUAUCCACCGUACGAUUUCGUCGUGAAAGCAGACGACGACACGUAUUUCCGAUUAGAAAGUUUAGUAGAGUCGCUGAAACCAUUACCUAAAGAAGAUUUAUAUUAUGGAUUUGUAAUUCCAUGUUCAAGUAUGGAUCCAUUUAAACAUUAUAUGUCAGGGAUGGGAUUUCUAGUUUCAUGGGAUAUAGUCGAAUGGAUUCGGACUGCGGCCACUGCAAGAGAGCAUUUAGUAGGGCCAGAAGAUAGAGUUUUUGGAGAUUGGAUGCGAAGGGGGAAGCGAGGGCAGAAUCGAUUCAACGCGAAAUGGUCGAUGUAUAAUUAUCCACAACCUCCCUCACCUUGUGCACACGAUCUUGUGCCCGAUACAAUUGCAGUUCAUCUUCUCAAAAAUGAUGAAAAGUGGAUCAAAACUUUGAAGUUUUUCAAUGUUACUGAUAAUCUCAAACCAUCUAAACUGUAUCAUCUGAGUUAAUUAGUUAGGUUCAUAUGAUUCGUUGGCAUUCGUGUAGAACUCGAUGUUUCACCGGGAUUUUUGCUUUCUUCAAAUAGUGUAUAUACGUUUUUGAGGCAUUAUAUUUAUCAAAAUAAAUAUUUAAAAGACGAUUUAAAAUAAGAUACCGUUUAAAUAAGCAUAAUUUUUUGAUAUCCACAUUGGAAAUUUCACCGGAUAUAACAUAAUUAAUUAGACAAAAAUACAUAUUUAUUUAGAAAAUAGAGUUUUCCAGCUUAG